GCGGCCGCGGGCGCCGCCGCCUCCUCCUCCAUAGCUGUUUACCCGGCUGCAUUGUGGGAGUUUGACCUCCGCCGCCGCCAACCGCCGCCUCGGCUUGCGCCGCCGCCGCCGCCGCGCACGCCAUGGGAGCCGUGACUGACGAUGAAAGUGGGACAUCAAGAAAUUAUCUGGUCCAAAGGCACAGACAUAGUCCAUGACAGCCUAGGCAAGCUGGCUUCAGAGUCCUUGCUUUUCCCCUCUUCUACCUCUUGUCUUUGAACUACUGCCAUGAUGGUCCUGAGGAAAGAUCAAGGAAACUCCCACCAAAAGAGGAUGCAGACAGCCGUGGACACGCAGGAGAGAGAUGGCUGAGAUGAAGUCAUACGGAAGCGUCUCCUCAUUGACGGCGAUGGGGCAGGAGAUGAUCGGAGGAUUAACCUGCUGGUGAAGAGUUUCAUUAAGUGGUGCAACUCUGGCUCUCAGGAAGAGGGCUAUAGCCAAUACCAACGUAUGCUGAGCACACUGUCUCAAUGUGAAUUUUCAAUGGGCAAAACAUUACUGGUUUAUGAUAUGAAUCUCAGAGAAAUGGAAAAUUAUGAAAAAAUUUACAAAGAAAUAGAAUGCAGCAUUGCAGGAGCACAUGAAAAAAUUGCUGAGUGCAAAAAGCAAAUUCUUCAAGCAAAACGGAUACGAAAAAACCGCCAAGAAUACGAUGCUUUAGCAAAAGUGAUCCAGCACCAUCCUGACCGGCAUGAGACGUUAAGGGAGCUGGAAUCUCUGGGAAAAGAAUUAGAGCAUCUUUCACACAUCAAAGAAAGUGUUGAAGAUAAGCUUGAAUUGAGACGUAAACAGUUUCACGUUCUUCUCAGUACCAUCCAUGAACUUCAGCAGACGUUGGAAAAUGAUGAAAAGCUCUCAGAGGUGGAAGACGCUCAAGAAAGCACCAUGGAAGCCAACCCUAAACCAUAGACAGGCUAAUCAUUCCUCAUACUUAGGAGCAUUCAAAUCAUGACCCUAUCUUGCUAUGCUUCGAAGUUGCUGUACUGUUGAGACAGUUAAAGUUUUAACAAUGAAAUACUUUGUUUCCAAUAAUAAUGUACAUUUCAUUCAUAUUUCUGUACACAAAGGAAAAUGCUUUCACUAUAGAUUUGAAUUUU